CUCGGAGUCGGAGUGGGAGCCGGGGUCGCGUCGGGGUCCCGCGCGCCGGGCCUUGGGCGAGGGGAGCCGCGGCUCUCGGUGCGGUGCGGCGCCUAGGGCUGGGGACUUGUCCGGCGCGCGUCUCCCGCAGCCGCCCGCACCUCCUCCAGGGGCCGCGCCACCCCCUUCGCCGGCCGCGGCCGCGCGGCUCUCGCUUACAAAGGAGGCAAAAUGAGGCGGGCGGCGGCGCGGUGCGGGGGACCCCGGGCGGCAGGGAUGGCGGCCGCCCCCGGCACCACCUAAGACGCCCCCGGGGCGCCCGGCCUCGGCCCAGGCCCGAGCUCCGCUGCCGCCCGAGCGCUGCGCGUCGCCCGCGGCCCGCGAGGAGGCGGAGGAGCAGGAGGAGGAGGCGCCGCCUUCCCCGCGCCGCGCGCCCUCGCCGUUGUCUGCGCUGCGCGCUGGACCAGUUUGGCGAAGUUGCUCGGGCCCCGCGCCGCCCAGAUGUGCGACCUCAUUGAGCCGCAGCCGACCGAGAAGAUCGGCAGGAUGAAGAAGUUGAGGAGAACUUUGUCAGAGAGUUUCAGCCGCAUCGCUCUGAAGAAAGACGACACCACCUUUGACGAGAUAUGUGUCACAAAGAUGUCCACACGGAACUGCCAGGGGAUGGAUUCGGUGAUCAAGCACCUGGACACAAUCCCUGAGGAUAAAAAAGUCAGAGUUCAGAGAACACAGAGCACUUUUGACCCAUUUGAGAAGCCCGCCAAUCAAGUAAAAAGGGUGCAUUCUGAGAACAAUGCUUGCAUUAACUUUAAGUCCUCCUCUGCUGGCAAGGAGUCCCCUAAAGUCCGGCGGCAUUCCAGCCCUAGCUCGCCGACAAGUCCCAAGUUUGGAAAAGCUGACUCAUAUGAGAAACUGGAGAAACUAGGGGAAGGAUCUUAUGCAACAGUAUACAAAGGGAAAAGCAAGGUAAACGGGAAGCUGGUGGCACUAAAGGUGAUCAGACUUCAGGAGGAAGAGGGAACGCCUUUCACGGCCAUCAGGGAAGCCUCUCUGUUGAAAGGAUUGAAGCAUGCCAACAUUGUACUGCUUCAUGACAUCAUCCACACCAAGGAAACACUGACGCUUGUCUUUGAAUAUGUGCACACUGAUUUAUGUCAGUACAUGGACAAGCAUCCUGGAGGACUCCAUCCAGACAAUGUGAAGUUGUUUUUAUUUCAGUUGCUGCGAGGGCUGUCCUACAUCCACCAGCGGUAUAUUCUGCACAGAGACCUGAAACCGCAGAACCUUCUGAUCAGUGACACGGGGGAGCUAAAGCUGGCAGAUUUCGGUCUUGCAAGAGCAAAAUCCGUCCCUAGCCACACGUACUCCAAUGAAGUGGUUACCUUGUGGUACAGACCUCCUGAUGUUCUCCUGGGCUCUACAGAAUACUCCACCUGCCUUGACAUGUGGGGAGUUGGCUGCAUCUUUGUUGAGAUGAUCCAAGGAGUUGCUGCAUUUCCAGGAAUGAAAGACAUUCAGGAUCAACUUGAACGAAUAUUUCUGGUUCUUGGAACACCAAAUGAGGACACCUGGCCAGGAGUUCAUUCUUUACCACAUUUUAAGCCAGAACGCUUCACGGUGUACAGCUCUAAAAGCCUCAGACAAGCAUGGAAUAAGCUCAGCUAUGUAAAUCAUGCUGAAGAUCUGGCUUCCAAGCUUCUACAGUGUUCCCCAAAGAACAGGCUAUCUGCACAGGCUGCCUUGAGCCACGAGUAUUUCAGCGAUCUGCCCCCGCGGCUAUGGGAGCUGACUGAUAUGUCUUCUAUUUUUACCGUCCAAAAUGUGAGAUUGCAACCUGAAGCUGGAGAGAGUAUGAGGGCCUUUGGAAAAAACAAUAGUUAUGGCAAAAGUCUAUCAAACAGCAAGCACUGACAAGCCUGGCAUUCUCAGGAGCACAGGAUUAAGUUGUCAUCAUUUUGGGAAGAAAAAGAAAAAAUAAAAAAGUAAAAAAAACACUAAUGAAGUGGCCAACAGUGCGGGGCUCCUGGAUCAGUUCCCCUGUGCCCCCCGUGGUGGAUUUCACUUACAAGAAAAUUGAAGCUGGCAAGACCCUGUUUUCUCUGCAAUUUAUUUAAAACCUUGCACGCAUUUGGAUACCUUGUGAUUUCCAAGAGCUAUGUGAAGAUUAAGCUUUGCUUACUGAUACAUGGCAUGUAUUCUUUUCAGUCAUUUGUGUUUGACUCUGACUUCCCUCUGCUGCGCAGUGUCUCUGUGAAGGUUUUCACGCUUUCACCAGCCAUGUCUUAAAUACAUUAAGACAACACAUUUGGUGUUCACACUUCCUCAGUAAUGUCUGCACUUGAAAGCCACACAGUGGCAUGAAACAAUGUGUGUUUUCUUUGAGAGUAGAGCACAUUCUGCAACCACCAGGAAGGACAUCCUUAUUGCUAAAACAAACCCCGUGUUUUCUGACUGACUAGACUGCAUGGGCCCAGACAGUGAGCCCAACCUGUUGCUUACCUUCGAGGACUUUUGGAAAUAUGGGGUUUUCUUUUUUUGGAAAUGUCCCCACAUUUAUAGGAAACCAGAAUCUUCUUGGCAUUUCCAAUAGCCUGGCUGUUUCUGAGCAUCUUGUGGGUAGAGAAACAAGCACCAAGAACGAAGACAAAGAUGAAGGCUGGCUUUUUUUUUAACCUGUAGAAAACAAAGCAACUUUUUACAUGUGUUCUGAGUCUUGUCACCAUCUUAUUUUUUUCAUCAGCUCUGUUAUGUUCUGUGUGUGUGUUUCUUUUUAAACUGGAGAAAUUAGUGAGGAAUAUCUUUCUUAAAACUUGGGUGCAAAUUUAAAAAAAAAUCUGACAGGGUGAGUCUUGGAAGCCAUCUUGACCAAUUAAUGCUUAAAAAGCAAAUUUGAAAAUUAUCUAGAGUUAAAAAUUGCUAACUUACAACAAAGCACCUCUGAAUUAGAUUGUUCAGAAACAUUCCAAGCCCUUCAGAAGGCAUCACUGGGUGCCAGAUUUUCAACCAGUCUCCUGCAAUAACUGUCCGAAUUCAGUUCUUCAAAAGCAAUGUGGGAAUUUUGCUUUCAAAAUAGAAAUGGCAAAAAAAGACCUGGCUUCCCUUGUUUUAAGGAGCUUGGGGACCUUGGCAGAUGAAGGCAGGUCUGAGUUACUAGGAGAGAGGACUCUAGCAUACACUGCAUCCUGAUCUGAUGGGAGCUGCCCAGUGCUGGCCUCUUCCACAGGGAGCUUCACUAGAGAACCCCAGUAAAGCCUGGCCCAAGGAGCAGUUCGGAACUUCACAUAAAGCAUGCCCUUUGCACCUCCUGACACAAAUCCCCAUGGAAACGCAUCUGUGCCCAUUGUUCUAUGUUUUACUACCCCAGAGAAAAGAGGAGAAACUAUGAGCGUGAAAUAUGUCACACAGUUUUAGGAUCAAGACAAGGAAUUGUGAUCCAGUUUGACAAGGGCUUUCUGAUUCUCAAAUGAGGGAUAGGCUUCUUUGUAGUCAAGCCCGGCGUGUCCCUGGAAGCAGAGUCUGGCUCCUAGAUUUCAAAGGCAUUGUCUCUGAGUCAUAGGCAUAACCCACCCUCUAGUCUAUCCAGAGGGUGCAGUAGCUGCAAUCUUGCAGACACUGAGAGAGGAAUUGCUUCCUGAAUGGUUUGAAGGAAGGCCCAUGUGUCACGCAAGGGGACAGUGUUUACUGUUGGCUGCCUGGGAAUGAUAUUCAGUUCCCUUUCAUACAUCCCUUCCAUGGGAAGUCUUUGCAGGUAUUUUGACUUAAAGUAUAAUUAAAUUGGGAGUUCUUUAAGUGGGGAGAAAACUUUAUGUGUAAUUAAAAAACAGUCUUCCCUGUGAUUUGCUUGAAUCCUCCAUUCAUCUGGGGAGGGGAGCACAUCAUGUUUAUAUUUCACUAAGUAUAAGUCAGGAGCUCCAUGAUCAUGUUGAAAGGUUUCGAGUAAGAAUAUAAAGGCAGCUAGAGAUCCGUGCCCUUGUCUAGACAGCUUCUGGGAAGUGAGACACAGCACUGCUCGGUGUGGGGUCUGCCUCGUCAGGCCCACCUCUCUGGUGAGAAGGGUUUCGGUUUCCGGCCCUUGUCAUCAAGGAAGGAAAUCUGAAGUGUCUGCCCAACCCCAGCCUAACACAGUCAUAUGCCCCUCCCCUGCCUUUCUCUCCCGCCCUCUCUGAGGGCGUCAUGAAAAUCAGUACACACUGCGUGCAUUAACGCGUUAGUAUACUAUUGAAAAAGCACUGGAAUGCUUGGUGAGAUUAUUUUUCUAUGAAGGAAUAGUUUGAAUUUGGACAGCUGGUAAGAAUAGCAGGAACACCUUGGCAUGGUGAUUGUAUCAAUUCAACCUCACUGCAUACAGUAUUUGGAAAGGAAGUAUGGGACUUAGUUUCCAUCUUCUUAAGGGGAACAGUUUAACUAGUUAAGAAAUACAAGAUACAUAGGAUGCAAAAAUGUGUUUGCUGUAGUAGGCAAAAAAUUAGAGGUAUAAGGCAGGGCCAGCUGUCUACCCACCAUGCAAGGGUGAGAAUUCGUUUCUAGCUCUCAAGUGACUAGAAAAGUUUCCAAGGGAGCCUGUGGGAAUGUAGGAAAACCAGACCUCCUGGUACCCUUUCCUCUGUGUGCAUAAGACAGCCACUGUAAUCAGUCCCCUGUGUAUGUGCCCAUGGCAGACGCCCAUCUGUGAAUAUUACUGGUUUGUAAUCUUCUAUUAUAUAAGAGGAUGUCUAGGUUGUACAUACUGGGGUAGACCAUUGCCUACCCCUAUACAUAGAAAUAUGCUGCAUAAUUGUGUAUAACUUCCUUCUCGGUUCCUGGCUUGUACACAGAGGAAACUAUAUUAGUCUUCCGUUUCCUCGUAUACCAAGCUGAACAUUUUUAAAUCUCCAAUGACAUAAGCAGUUUCCCAUUCUCACUGCCCCUUCUCACGGCAGCAUAUAAUAGAGGCACAUAUGAAAUCUAUGUUCUUUGUUCGUGAGUGGACUUUCACAUUUUUUCUUGUUUCCUUUUGUUUCUUUGCCCCCUCUUGUUUAUAUUACACACUGAGAUGUGUGUGUUUUAACGGGGUUAGUACCUCUGAGACUCAUUAUGCUUCAACAUGACACAUAGCAAGGAGAAUGGAAUACUACAUGUUGCAUAUGUGUUGCCAAUUGUAAUUUGUCUGUAUUAUGAAGGAUGUAAUGGUUUGUCAGCUGUCAUUGUUGUUUUCUGUAACAUGAUACGGAAUAAAGUAUAGCCGAAUCUGCA